CCCUCUAUUUUUAAUGCGUUUGAAUAGAAAAUACCUGUCUUGAUCAGAACACUUUUUUUUUUCUAACAUUUUCUUGACGAAACCCAAGAAUUUGUCUUGAUCAGAACACUUAGGAGUUGUUUUUAAUGCGUUUGAAUAGAAAAAUGUCAAGUCGAGUUUUCUCGCAAGCCACUUGAUUCUUUUGUAACUCUGAUUGCAACAAUGUCAAUUACUAUAAGAUAACGAUCAAUGUGAAGUGGUUAUAUUAUUUAAAGUCGUACAUCCAGUCCAAGCAGUUGCUCCCAACUCGAGAAAAGGUUGACAGUGAAUUAAAAAGUGCACAUGCUAUUGUGUUUUUGUCUUGCAUUGAAUAGUAAUUCUAGUUAAUGGUCAUUAUAUUAAAUAUAAAGGCAACGAACGAAAUUUGACCCAAAAAGUUUAAAAGAACUAGCAUCUAUGUCCUUUUUUUUUUUUAAUCCAUUUUGCAUCAAGUUUCCAGGCAAUUAGGAGGUAAUUCAUCGCAAUGAUUUUGUACUCAUCACAAUACUAUCAGGUGGCAAAUUGGAUGGCUAGAAAAUGGUCGAUUAAGACAGUUGGACCAACUAUUUUGAAGGACAACAAACAUCACGGGGCUUGUCUAGUCGAGAUGAAGUCAGAUGCUUGCCUAAAAUGGUUGGACGAAAGAGAUUGUAGCUCAGUUAUUUAUGUAUCAUUAGGUAGCGUGGCUGUACUUGGAGAAGAACAAAUGGAAGAGCUUGCUAGGGGCAUAGCCAAGAGUGACCACCACUUCUUAUGGAUGGUUAGAGAUUCGGAAGAGUGCAAACUUCCAGCCAAUUUCAAGUCUGAAAUAUCAGAAAAAGGUCUAAUUGUCAACUGGUGUCCUCAACUUGAAGUUUUGGCACAUCAAGCCUUGUCAUGUUUCAUGACACACUGCGGCUGGAAUUCGAUGCUUGAAGCACUGAUUUCGGGUGUGCCAAUGAUAGCUAUGCCACAGAUUGUUGAUCAAUUCACAAAUGCAAAGUUUGUCGCAGAUGUAUGGCAGACUGGGGUUCGAGUCAAGGCCAAUGACAAGGGAAUUGUUACUAGAGAAGAAAUUUCAAUGUCCGUAAAGGCAGUUACUGAGGGCGAGAGCGCAAAGGAAUUCAGAAGAAAUGCUGAGAAGUGGAAGGAACUGGCACAAGAGGCUGUACACCAAGGUGGAAGUUCUCAUAACAACAUUGAUGAGUUCGUUUCACAAGUUUUGAGCGUCUAGUUAAUUUCAUUUAGCUACAAAAUCAGGUCACGUGAAAGCCUCAUAAGCAUCUAUGGCAGACAAUAGUAUUAUAUUGUUGAUUCAAUCAAUUGAUGCAAACCUGUCAUGCUUGUGUACGAGAAUAAUAGAAAAUUAAUAAAGUUUAUUGGAUUAAUCGUG